AGACAUGGCAGGUGCCACCUGCAAAUGUUGCCUUAACCUCUCCUCCUUUGCACUGCUUCGUCCACAGGCUUUAUGCCGCUGGGCUCAUCUGGGCGCUGGGCAUGAAGUUUGCUGUGGAGGAGAUCAACAACUCCACCACGCUGCUGCCGGGCAUCACAUUGGGCUAUGACUUCUACGACAGUUGCAUGGAGCCCGUGGUGGUCCUCCAGCCCAGCUUGCUCUUCCUCUCUGAAAUGAACACCAGCAGCAUCAGCGUCCAUUGCGACUACACCGACUAUUGGACCAGAGUGCUGGCCGUCAUUGGGCCCCACAGCUCAGAGCUCUCCAUGGUCACAGCCAAGCUGUUUAGCUUCUUCCUGAUCCCUCAGGUGAGCUACGGAGCCACAUCAGAGAAGCUGAACAAUGAGCAAUACCCGUCCUUCUUCCGCACGGUGCCCAGUGACAAGAUCCAGAUCGACGCUCUCUCCCAGCUCUUGAUUGCUUUCAAGUGGAACUGGAUUGCGGUUGUCGCCAGCGACGAUGACUACGGCCGCGAAGGCCUGAGCCUGUUGUCCUCCACGAUGAACAGCAAGAGCAUCUGCAUUGCCUACGAGGGACUCAUCCCAACCGAUCUGUCCAACGCCAACGUCCAAGAGAAGAUGUCCCAGGUCAUCCACUCCAUCAACGAGACCAAAGUCAACGUCAUCGUCCUGUUCUCCAAAGACCGAUCGGUCCGGGAAUUCUUCAAAAUGUGGUUCAAAUUGGGAUUGGGCCAGAAAGUGUGGCUCGCCACCGAAGCUUGGGUGAUGUCCGAUGUGGUCCUCACCUUAAAAGGUGUUCAGAACAUCGGGACGGUCAUCGGCUUCGUCAUCAAGGCGAGGAACGUCUAUGCCUUUGAGGAAUACACCUCCGAUCUCUUGGAGCUGACCCAACAGGAGAGCUUCUGCCGAGAGUCCAGGGAGCAGGCUGGCCAGCUGGGCUCCGUCCUGGGACCACAGUGCCCGCAAUGCAACAAUAUUUCCCACCAUCAAGUCACCGCCGUCCUCGGGCAUCGCCAGACCUUCGCUGUGUACACUGCGGUGUACGGAGUGGCCCAGGCCCUUCAUGAGGCAUUGCAAUGCCAGAAUGGGCAAUGCCAGAAACACAGAGUCAAACCUUGGCAGCUUCUGGAGAAACUGAAUGACCUCAAUUUCAGCAUCCACAACGAGUCCUUCCAUUUUGACGAGCAACACAGCAUCAACAUGGGCUACGAGGUCCUGUCGUGGACCUGGCCCCAUAAGAAAACUGAGAUCGUCAGCAUUGGAAGCUUCCAUGGAAAUCUGAGCAUCAACGAAUCCAUGGUCCACUUCCAUACCGUGGAUCAAAAGGCGCCCCUGUCUGAAUGCCUGACCAAAUGUUCAUCUGGGCAGAUCCGUCGUAUGAAGGGCUUCCACCUCUGCUGCUACGACUGCAUCGAGUGUGAGAGUGGGACUUUCCACAGUUCCUCGGAUGACUCCACUUGCACCCCGUGCCCCGAGCACCAGUGGUCUCCCAAGCGGAGCACUCAAUGUUUAGACCGCGGUGAGAAAUACAUCUUCUGGUCUGAGCCACUGGCCGUCUGCUUGCUGGGCCUCUUGCUGGUGGCCUUUGUUCUCACCUGCCUUUCGGGUGUGUUGUUCCUGAAGAACCUCCAAACGCCAGCGGUGGAGGCAUCUGGAGGUGGCCUGUGCCUCGUGGCCCUCCUCGGCCUCGCUGCCACGUGCAUCAGUGGCGUCCUCUUCCUUGGCAAACCCAGCCCAACCAUUUGCCGCAUCCAGCAACCCUUUUUCGCCCUGUGCCUCAACCUUUGCUUCUCCACCAUCUUGGUCAAGGCUCUCCAGAUCAUGCUGGUCAACGACUUUGCCGACAGCCGACCGAACGUCCUCCACACGAUCAUCCAGAGACAUCCCAGUGUCCUUGCGACCGUAUCCGUCUUAGCCGAGACCGUACUCUGCGUAGUGUACCUCUACGCCACCCCAACUCUCCUGAUCCAGAACUACAAGCUCCUCCCCGAGGAAGUCCUCCUCCAAUGCCAGGUCCAGUCCUGGCUCACCUUUGCCACCAUCCAUGGGCUCAACGGCAUCGUGGCCUUCGUCUCUUUCAUUUGCACCUUCAUGGUGCAGUCGUCUCCCAAGAAGUACAACAUUGCCCGGGCCAUCGCCUUUGCCAUGCUCACCUAUUUCAUCACCUUGAUCAUCUUCAUACCGACAUAUGCCACUGUGAAGCAAGUGGACCAGCCAGCGGUACAGAUCGGCGCCAUAUUGCUGUGUACUUUUGGCAUGCUGACGGCUUAUUAUCUCCCUAAAUGCUACAUCAUUUGGUUUAAGCCGGAAUGGAACACGCAGAACUAUUUUCAAGAUUACACCCAAAAUAGAAUCCAAGGGAAAGAUACCUAAAAUUAGCUCCUUUGAGGAGGAAGGACCAUUUAUCCACUAGGAAGUUGUGGGUCUUAGGAUUUUCUGCUGACCCCAAACAGCAGAGUAUCCGAAAAUAUACAAAACAGAAUACAUAUAGUUGAGCAUUCAGUUCACAGCAAGCAGAGCAUGAAGUGCCAUGUGGCUGUAAAGAAUUUAGAGCAUAGGAGGGAAAGAUACAAAAAUGGGAUACUUAUAGUUGAGCAUUCAGCUCACAGCAAGCAGAACGUGAAGUGCCAUGUGGCUGUAAAAGAAUUUAGAGCUUAGGAGGCAAACACGUAGAGUUCUGUCUUUAAAAUUACAACAAUACAGCAAAGCAUCCAAAAUACAAACUGGAUACUUAUAGCUGAGCAUUCAGCUCACAGCAAGCAGAGAGUGAAGUGCCAUGUAUCUGUAAGAAUGUAGAGCUUAGGAGGGAAAAAUACAAAAACGGGAUACUCAUAGUUGAGCAUUCAGCUCACAGCAAGCAGAGCAUGAAGUGCCAUGUGUCUGUAAAGAAUUAAGAGCUUAGGAAGGAAAAAUACAAAAACAGGAUACUUAUAGUUGAGCAUUCAGCUCACAGCAAGUAAAGAAUUUAGAGCUUAGGAGGGAAAGAUACAAAAACAGGAUACUUAUAGUUGAGCAUUCAGCUCACAGCAAGCAGAGCAUGAAGUGUCAUGUGGCUGUAAAGAAUUUAGAGCUUAGGAGGCAAAGAUACAAAAACAGGAUACUUAUAGUUGAGCAUUCAGCUCACAGCAAGCAGAGCAUGAAGUGCCAUGUGCCUGUAAAGAAUUUAGAGCUUAGGAGGCAAAGAUACAAAAACAGGAUACUUAUAGUUGAGCAUUCAGCUCACAGCAAACAGAGCAUGAAGUGCCAUGUGACUGUAAAGAAUUUAAAGCUUAGGAAGGAAACAAACCAAAAUGGGAUACUUAUAGUUGAGCAUUCAGCUCACAGCAAGCAGAGUGUAAUGUGCCAUGUGGCUGUAAAGAAUGUAGAGCUUAGGAGGGAAAGAUACCAAAACGAGAUACUUAUAGUUGAGCAUUCAGCUCACAGCAAGCAGAGCAUGAAGUGCCAUGUGCCUGUAAAGAAUUUAGAGCUUAGGAGGCAAAGAUACAAAAACGGGAUACUUCUAGUUGAGCAGUCAGCUCACAGCAAGCAGAGCGUGAAGUGCCAUGUGGCUGUAAAGAAUUUAGAGCUUAGGAGGCAAAGAUACAAAAACGGGAUACUUCUAGUUGAGCAGUCAGCUCACAGCAAGCAGAACAUGAAGUGCCAUGUGGCUGCAAAGAAUGUAGAACUUAGGAGGGAAAGAUACCAAAACGGGUACUUAUAGUUGAGCAUUCAGCUCACAGCAAGCAGAGCGUGAAGUGCCAUGUGGCUGUGAAGAAUUUAGAGCUUAGGAGGCAAAGAUACAGAAACAGGAUACUUCCAGUUGAGCAUUCAGUUCACAGCAAGCAGAGCGUGAAGUGCCAUGUGGCUGUUAAGGAUUUAUAGUUUAGCAGGCAAAAUGCAGAGUCCAAUAUUAACAAUUACAAAAGGUAUAUUUACAAAAAUAAUAUCUACAUUUCUUAAUAGUUGAGGAGUGCCUCCUUGCGUGUUGUGUGAUCUCAUGAAAGUCCCAUCAAAAAUCGCAGCUAAACUGUAAUUGAGUUGGGUUGCUGUGCAUUUUCUGGGCUGUAUGGCCAUGUUCCAGAAGCAUUCUCUCCUAAUGUUUCGCCCACAUCACAGCAACCCACUGUUUAUGUACAUUGCUCUUUUAUGUGUGUGUGUAUAUAUAUAUGUGUGUGUAUAUAAAAUUGCAUUUUGUGUAAUUGCUGCACCACUAGUGCUUUUGUAAGCCGCCCUGAGUCCCUUCUGGGAGAUGGUGGCGGGAUAUUAAUAAAGUUUUAUUAUUAUU